AUGGCCGUUCUGCCAACUCCCAAAAUGCAGCCCGCAACCGAGAAGAUUCAACCGUGGAAGGCCGGCUGGCUCGCCCGCAAUGCCACCGGCAUCAACAAGUCCAAGCCCGGAGGAACUUCGCACGGGUUCGCGAAGGGCAAAGAGGUCGUCUUGGCAGGGUUCACCAGCGGCAUUGCUAUUCAGGUCAAGCCCGAUGAGGAGGACUGA